AAAGAGAAGAAGAAAAACUUUUUCAUCAAUCUAUUUAAAGAGUGACACACUCUUCCAUUGCUUCUCCCCCAACACAUCACUCAAAAAGCUUCUCAACUCCGCAACAAUGGCGUCCGAGAAAGUCGAGACUGUUAUAGCCGGAAACUAUGUCGAAAUGGAGUGGGAAGAAGGCGACACUUCCAAGUCAGCUAAGAGCAAAUUCUCAGAGCUGUUUUGGCAUGGAGGUUCAGUCUAUGACGCUUGGUUUAGCUGUUCUUCUAACCAGGUUGCACAAGUGCUUUUGACACUGCCAUAUUCUUUCUCACAACUGGGGAUGUUGUCUGGGAUUAUUUUUCAGCUCUUUUAUGGGCUAAUGGGAAGUUGGACUGCUUAUCUUAUUAGUAUACUUUACGUUGAGUACAGAACUAGAAAGGAGAGGGAAAAAGUUGAUUUCAGGAAUCAUGUUAUUCAGUGGUUCGAAGUACUCGACGGGCUUCUAGGGAAGCACUGGAGGAACGCCGGCCUUCUAUUCAACUGCACAUUUCUUCUCUUCGGAUCUGUUAUUCAAUUAAUCGCUUGUGCAAGUAAUAUCUACUACAUAAACGACAAUCUAGACAAGAGAACUUGGACGUAUAUAUUUGGAGCCUGCUGUGCGACCACUGUGUUCAUCCCUUCGUUCCACAAUUAUAGAAUCUGGUCGUUUUUGGGCCUUAUGAUGACCACUUACACUGCAUGGUAUAUGACCGUUGCUUCCCUUAUCCAUGGACAGGUUGAGGGAGUGAAGCACUCUGGCCCAACCAAAUUGGUUCUUUACUUUACCGGGGCUACCAACAUUCUCUACACUUUUGGUGGUCAUGCUGUUACAGUGGAGAUUAUGCAUGCUAUGUGGAAACCACAAAAGUUCAAGUCGAUCUACUUGGUGGCAACACUCUAUGUGCUCACCCUAACUCUACCAUCAGCCUCUGCUGUCUACUGGGCAUUUGGGGACCUUCUUCUGACGCACUCCAACGCCCUCGCUUUGCUUCCCAGAACCCACUUCAGAGACACAGCCGUUGUACUCAUGCUCAUUCAUCAGUUCAUAACAUUUGGGUUUGCUUGCACACCAUUGUACUUUGUGUGGGAGAAGUUCAUUAGCGUUCAUGAGACAAAGAGUGUGUUAAAGCGGGCCCUAGCAAGGCUGCCAGUGGUGAUCCCAAUAUGGUUCUUGGCCAUCAUAUUCCCUUUCUUUGGGCCCAUCAACUCCACCGUCGGCUCUUUGCUCGUCAGCUUCACUGUCUACAUUAUUCCUGCCCUGGCUCACAUGGUCACUUUUGCCUCUGCAGCUGCUAGAGAGAAUGCUGUAGAGAGACCACCAUCAUUCCUAGGAGGAUGGACAGGCUCAUACUCGGUGAACAUAUUUGUGGUGGCAUGGGUUUUCAUCGUGGGAUUUGGUUUUGGAGGGUGGGCAAGCAUGCUCAACUUCGUCCAACAAAUUGAUACAUUUGGUCUGUUCACAAAGUGCUAUCAAUGCCCACCUCACAAGGCUUGAGUAGAUUCCCUAAUUUUUUUUUUUAAAAAUUAUUAAUUUAAGCAAAUUAAUUAAGGAUACAUAUGCAAGUGUGUAAAGAGAUUGUCAUUCGUAACUUUUUUUUUUUUUUUUGGGUAAGAUGUAUUAUUGAUGGUUUUCAG